UUUUUCUGCAAUUUUAUAGAUGUCACCACAUGGACCCUAGCUAGGCCUGGACUAACAAAACAGGAUGACAAUUAGACACUUCAGGAGAAGAGUGCUGAGAGGCAUUGUGUGACUGGCUUAGUUACUGCCUGUCAGUUCAGGCCUGUGUAAAGAAGCCAGGAGACAACAAGGUCCUCAAGCACAACCAAUUUUCCCUGUAAAUAUGAUAUAGUUCUUGGCCUGGUUGAGAAACAUGGCUUAUGUACCUUCUGAAUGGAUUCACCUAUACCACAACAGACCCCAUGUUGACAUAUCAUUCAAUGCCAUCAAUGAUACAUUCAACCCCAGGGAUGAAGUAUACCUUGAGUCAUUGGGGCUUUGGGGAUCUGUACCUGCUUUGAUUCUAAUCUUCAGCUUAGUCACUCUGCUCAUCUAUCUUCUCGCCUACUGUUGUAAGCGAACAGGGUCCAAAGCACGCAGCUACGGAUGUCUGAAAUGGACAUUGGUGAUCCUCUCCAUUCUUUGCUGUGGUGCUCUUGCUCUUGGAUUGUAUGGGAAUGACACUGCCCACACAAGUGUGGUUGACUUUGUGUCAUCUGUGAAAGAUGUGGACAAUCUUGCUUCUACAGCAAGAAAUCAGACCCAGAGGAUACAAGAGAACUUGAAGGGAGAGGUGGAGCCAAAACUGUCUCUACUCAAAGGGAUCUUUGGGGGUCCUGCACCAAAUGCAACGGUGCAGACAAUACUCAAGUCUCGUGCUGAAUCUAUGAGCAGAAAUGUCACCUGGAGCAUUAGCCACUUGGAGAAUGUGCGAAGUCGUCUUGCAAAUGCACAAUUUUCUCGUUUUAUUCACAUCACUGAAGAAGUAGAAAAGUACAGGUGGCCAGCAAUAAUGGCCUUUCUUGGACUUCUUGUUCUCUUUUGCUUGGUAUUGAUGCUUGGCCUUGCCAAGCGCUCCAGGUGCACUCUCAUGCUGUUUUCUGUUCUUGGGCUUCUGGCCACCGUGUUCACUGGUCUGUUGGUGUGUGCAUAUUUUGUGAUUGCUAUGGCAUCUAGUGAUCUCUGUGUGGACCCAGAUCCAUAUGUUUUGAAGGAGAUUGAACUCCAAGGCUAUGCUCCUCAGCCAGUGGUGUCAUACUACAUGAAGUGUCAGGAAAGUAUGGAAGAUCCUUUCAACAAUGAUGUUAAUGAUGCACUAUCUGCAAUCAAUGAUGUCAUUCGAGAUCAUCGCUUCAUCAGUGAUGUUGUCCCAAAUCACUACACACAGAAUCAGUUUCCACAGUUGACUACAACUCUGAAUCAGUUGGGCACGACUGUGAAUGCCACAUGGCAUCAUAUAGGACUCCUUGCCCAGCAGCUGAAUUGUCGACCAUUUGUCAGUGCUUACAAGCAAGCAUUGAAUGCUGGAUGCAAUGGGUUGAUCUUCGGAUUGACCUGGAUGCUUUUGUCAGCAGCUCUUGCAUGUCUGUUCUUCUAUUUUCUGGUCAUCUUUGAUUCCCACCUCUGGAUCUAUAUGAAAAGGAAUCAUUACCUGGGGGGUGGAGGAGAGGAGGCAGACCCAUUCCUGCCAAGUGGCUCUGGUAGUCUCAGACGAUCCCAUCAUAGCUCCAUGGGUUACAGGUACACCCAUACUCCUCCCCAAACCCCUCCUUUCCCUGGCACCUUGAAUGGAAGAAUCCCAGAAGAGCGGGGGAUGGUAACAUAUUCAGCCACUCCUCCUCCGGCUGUAAGUAUAGCCACUUUGCCUGGGCCCAACCAUGGCCAGUAUGCCACCCUCUCUCGACACUGCAAAACGUUGGAGAGCUCCAAUUUCUACUAACAUUUCGUGUUUCUUUUCCCUUCUCUACUUUCCUCCCUUUUCUCUCUGAAAAGGAACAAAGGGGCCCGAAGUCUCAUGAGAUCUGAUCAUGUGUCUCCCUCCCCUUUUUAUAUGUCUCUAUUGCAUUUGUGAUCGUCAUGACCUCCCCUCAUGGAUGUCUUUUAAGCCUAGGGAAUCAUCAAGGUAUCAGUGUUGAGCCUGGGGAAGACAUGGGGUCUUAGAAAUCUCUCUUGUGUACUGCUUCCACCCCGGUGACCCUUGGACACAUAUUUGGGAUACAGAGGUUUCCCCCAAUCUCCUAUGUGUGUUAAGAUGUGCAUUUCAGGGGCAUAACACAAAAUCACAUGUGUGCAUGAUUCCUGACCUGUUGAAUGGGGUU